GGGAUCGCACCGCGCCCUCGAACGGGACGCGAGCGGGCAGCAGACACGCCGGGCGCGCCCACCUAGCUAGGCGCCGCGCCGGCGUGGCCACCGGAAACCGACCGGUCGAUCCCCCGACGCUGACGAAACCGAUCGAGCCGAUGAGCCCCGCACCUGCGCGUGCUUUGGUCCCGGCGCCCGGCCGAGAUUCCACGCAUUGACACUGCCACCACAGAGAUUCUACGCGUCUCCUCGUGUCAGGGACGCCGCCAUGCACGCACACGCGCAGUGAUUAUUCUCGGUAGCCGACACUGCGGCACAGCAGAAUCACCGCGGCGACAGCGCGGCCCGGUCGAUCCGGGCUGCGCACACGCACGGCGCGACCGUGCGGCCGGAGCGACCGAGGAGGCAGACUGCACGGGAUCAGCGGCCAGGGCUCAGGGGUACAGGUACAGCGCCAACCACCUACUGGGGCUUCACCCAAGGGAGCAGCGCAUUGAUAUCCGGCAGCAGCGAAGCGACCGACGCCGUCUCUAGCUGGCUGCUGGCCCGGCCGGCUACCGAUCGAGCGAGUGUUCGUUAAGAAUGGACUUCGCCUUGCCGGCCACCACCACGGCAGCUGCCGCGGCGGCCACGACGGCGGCGCCGGAGGAGCUCCCGUUCCCGCGUUCCGCGGUGGCGUCGCCUCCCUCUCCGCCCGCCGCCGCCGCCGACGCCGACUCCAUGGCGGAAGAAGGGCCGCGGGCUCCGGAGAAGUGGAAGGCGGGGGCGGGAGGUGACGUCGACGCGGCGGCUGCUGCGGCGGCGGCGGCGGAGGUGGAGGACAGGAUGGACCUGCUGUGGGAGGACUUCAACGAGGAGCUGGCGCUGGCGCGGCGCCGGGCGCGGGGGCGGGGCGGCGGCUCCUCCUGGCGGGACCGCGGCGACGGGCUGCUGGUGCUGGAGGCGGGGCCGUGGUCGUCGCCGUCGGACGCGGGGUCGGAGCCCGCGGGCCGCGUCGGGUGCGCGCCCGUGCUGCGGCCCUCGUCCAGGGCCGCCGGCGGGGCGCGGCACUACCGCCGCCGCGCCGGGUCCUGGGUGCUGCUCGUGAGGAUCUUCCGGAGGCUCUUCGUCAUCGACAAGACCAUCUCUGUCGCCAGGCAGCGCUCGGCCACCAGGGCACGCUGAUGCGCGUGUUCUUGCAGCAGAAUUGCGCGCUUCCAUGAGCAUGUCCAAGAACCAUGCAUGCAUGGUACUUCGGAUGCAAGAACAACCAUGCAUCCGUGAGUAAAUUAUACACUACUCUACUCCGAGUUAGACAUGCAAGUAAUUAAUGAUCGAGAUUUGUUCUUGACGCUGUAAUUAGGGUUCAUCAGCAGAUACAGGGAAAUGAAAAGCAGUCCAUGUCCAUAGCAAUGUCACUCCGUUCCUCAUUCUCUCCCACUGUUACUCCAUUUCUCUAUCGAUCAUCUAUCAAUUCAAUAGAGUAAAUGUAAAAAAGAUAAUAAAAAAAGGCAACUUGAAUUAUUUU